UCACUCAGUAUUCCCUGGACAGCCGGGCUGAGUGGAAUAAGGGGGCUUGGCUGGAAUAGAUUCUGUUCUUUACGGUGACUUUCCAAAAUCUCACCAGUGUCUUUUGACAGUGUACAGCGCCGGGGGUGGGAGGCGGAGAGGAGGCUUUGAUUACUAACCGGCUUACUUCUCGUUUUUUGAUCUCGAUUUGUUUCCUUGGCUUCACCCUUGCCCCUUUCUCGUCCUUCCCGCCUUUAGCGAAGUGACCAGGCAACACCUGCUCGCCUGUGUUGGAUGUCUGAACUCGCAUCUUUCCGGUGGUGAGCGUGCCAGCUUGCAGGGGCCGGGGCAGCGGUGGAAUUUCCUUCCUUCCUUCCAGCCCACGAUGCCUAAAGGGGCAGCAGCUGGGCUGCGUGGGGCUUUCCCCGCAGCACUUGGAGGCGGGAUUGAGGAGCUGCAGCUGGCUAGGAGUAGCUGCUAAGUGGACUCCGUGCAAAGUCUCCGAGAGCAUCAGCUGGGACCUAUCUGCUAACGGCGGGAACGGGCACCUGAUCCGAAGAUCAGCGUCUUGCGGGCGGAGGGCUGCCAACCUCAGAGCUUCUUCUUCCUGCCCCGAGCCUCCCCUGCAGCUCCCCCGCUUUGGAGACGCGGGACCUGCGGGAGCCAGGGCACUGGAGAAGUCGGUGGCGGAGGCUGCUCUCCGAAGGUGAAUCGGGCGGUCCAAUUGCCUUUCCCCAGAGAGCUGGGGGGAGGGCGGGAGAGGGAACGGAGGGUGUGUGAACGUGUGGGUGAGGGAGAGACGACGUGAGGCGAGAGGGAAAGACUUUGUGUUAAAGGCAAACAAAUCCGAGAUGGAGUAAAGACAUAACUGCCGCACGGCCGCCUAGAUUAUCGCAGUCUGGGCGCUGAACGCAACCCGCGCAUCCGGCGAGGACAGCAGGAGAUCGCGGGCAAGGGCCGCGGGACUCCGGUUUUUCCCAGUAGGCAAAUCUUUUGAUUGAUUAAUCACUUUGGCUCUGGAAUUAAGAGGGGGAGAGACGAGGCUCACGCGCCCCACCUUCCACCCGCUUUGAGGGGUCCAGUUUGGGUGUCGAGAGGUUCCUGAACCCUCCCGGCCAUUGCAGCGGCAAUCAGCGCGCACACCGCCUCAGGGCCACACUCCGCGCUCUGCACCUGCACAUACCACAGACUUGAGCUCCCUAUGCCCCUGGACGGCGACGGCGGGUUGGCAGCCUGGAAGCGAUGCAAGAGCGGUAAGGCUGGCGCGGGCGCGCGGAAGCUGCCGGAGCCUCACUAGGUGUUGCCGCCACUGGGAAGCCGGGCUGCAGGAUGAGUAAGAGAUACUUACAGAAAGCAACAAAAGGAAAACUGCUAAUAAUAAUAUUUAUCAUAACCUUGUGGGGGAAAGUUGUAUCCAGUGCAAACCAUCAUAAAGCUCACCAUGUUAAAACGGGCACUUGCGAGGUGGUGGCGCUCCACAGAUGCUGUAAUAAGAACAAGAUAGAAGAACGAUCACAGACAGUCAAGUGCUCCUGCUUCCCCGGGCAGGUGGCCGGCACAACGCGAGCAGCUCCAUCUUGUGUGGACGCUUCAAUAGUAGAACAGAAGUGGUGGUGCCACAUGCAGCCAUGUCUUGAGGGAGAAGAAUGUAAAGUUCUUCCAGAUCGGAAAGGAUGGAGCUGUUCUUCUGGGAAUAAAGUGAAAACAACUAGGGUAACCCAUUAACCCAGGAUAAAUCAAGUGAUUCUCAAGGCCAAUUACAUGGAACAUAUGCACAGAAACUUAACCCCUGAGGUGAUCUUAAAGGAAGAUUUUUAUACUGGUCAGAAGAGGCAGUCCAGAGUCAGUUAUUUCCAAGGGAUUUCAUGGCCCAUCAUCAGCCUCUUCUUGAAAUCAAGACUUUUAAAAAGUCAGACAUGAGCUUUUAUGUCAUGAAGGGUUCAUCAGAUUUGAACUGUGUUCAACUUGUAAAAUUGUACUUGCUGAAAGAAUAUGAAGUUGCUGUCUGAAGAGCUGUUGUUUUGGGGUGAUGUCAGAGACUCACCUUUUGGGCUCUUGGCUCCAAAUGUGACUGUUUUCCUUGUUUCUGGAAGUCUCCUGAGUGUACUGGCCUUCUGUCAUGGACGUGCUCCUGGGUCUGGUUCUGUGUUCUUGGCUAGUGGGACUGCACACAGUUUAGUGGUAUUUCCUUUGCAAACUUCUCCUCUGGCAUGGUGUAGAUGGGGACAAUGUUAUUUGUAUCCUAAUCUUGGAUCUCUGAAAGCCUACAUGUUUUAACAUCUGAAAGUUGCUUUUGGUAAAGGAAUGGAAAUAUAUAUAUCCAUUGAUAAGAAUUACUGUUGGCAAGUAAUAGUUAUCUGACUACAUCAAUCAUAUAAGAAUGCAUACACAAGCUGACAUCUUUCCCCAAGGCUAACACACUACUGCAGCUCUCUGUCAGUUAAUAGGUAGUAGUUAGAACUGAAUUACCAUUUUCAUUAUAUACUAUUUUGUACUUCUAGAGCACACUCCCUUUCAGUUUUUUUUUAAGUAGGCUUUUUCUUUAGUUUUUCUUUACUUUUUCCCUUCAAAGAAAUCAGCAGUGAAUAGCCAAGUAUUUUAAGUAGCCUUUGAUUUCACAAGAUUGCCAGGGAUGCAUGUGGGUUUCUGAUUCCUUAGCUUGAAAGUUAUUCACUUAGAUUUCUUCUAGUAUUUUUUUUAAACUGUCCUUUCUAUUUCAUUUUAAAAGACUGUCUCUUGCUUGAUUCCAAUGACUGUUUGAAUGCUUAUAUAUUUGGUCACUCUAUUGAUAGGAUUAAUUGUUCAUUUUCUGUGGUCUUAAAUUUAUAAAUAUUUGCUUAUAGUUGUUCCAAACAACUUCUUAGGUCAGUUUCUGUCAAUAUUUUUGUAGUCAUUUUACAUUUGUGGUUUUCAGUUCUACAUGAAAGUCAUAAAUAUUUAAAGGCCUUAAACAUGUAUGUACUCCUUUUUCCUAAGUUGUUGCAGAAUGUAUAACUUUACACUAUAUUUCUUUCAUUUGUGAUGUGAAGGGAGAGAAUGAAUUGCUUAGCCAUUCUGUAAUAAUACCAUGCAAGCAUAUAGUUUGAAAUAAUGUAAAGGGAGAGAAGUCUGUAUUUUAUUCAUCUCAGACGAAUAGGAAGAUACUUCAGAAAUUGUCCUAUUAUAAGUUCCAUUAUGUUAGGGAAGGUGCAGACAUCUUUCCUAUUUUUUAAAGUGAUGUGGCCAAUUCAUUGUAUGUUGGUUUCCAUGAUGGGAGCUGACAUAUCCUGGAGAGCUUCUGUCUGACAGUAACAACUUUCAAAGAUCAAUACUUUGCCCAGAAUACUUUCUGGGCAGAACUGAAAGUGUAAAAUUUAUUAAAAUUUAAUUUUUAAGGUAUACUUUUGAUAUUGAACUGAAGUAUACUGCCCCACAAGUCCAUGGAAUGAAAUGAAAUGAUUUCCUCUCUUCACUUCAAUUACACACAAAACCAACUAGAUGGCUCCAAUGGAUUUGCAAUGGUUCAGGACUGUAUAAACUCAUGAAGAAAGGAAUGAUGCUGUUCUGGAGUUUCUGCAUCAAUAUUAUAAUAUUAUUAAUUUCUUUGGAACAAAGUAGAAAACUGUAUUAUUUUGAAAAUUAUGAAUUUGUCCUGGGUUUGUUUGAAAUUAUAGCUCAUGUUUCUCUUUUUUUAAAAAAAUAUGAUGUCCUUUAAAACAACACUGGAAAUUCUGUAUUAUAUACAAGUGUAAUACAUGCAUAUCAAUAGAAAAAAAUAAAUGGAAUUUCAAAUAUACUAACUAGAUGAUCCCCAGUAGAUUAAUGUUGUGACUAUUCAGAAAAGGUGAAUAAAAUUGGGAUAUAAAAUGGACUCUCAUGAGUUACAUUUGGAGAAUCUGUUUUCUACUGUUUUAUUUUAAAAGAAGCACUUCAGUGACUAUCCAGGAAGACCUGAAUUCAAGGGAAGCUGACAUAAAUUCUUCAAUCUCCUUUCAAUAAAAUCUAUGGUAAAUCUUGCCAUUUACACAAGGUUCUGAU